AGUGGUGAGGAUGUCUACAUUAACCCUCGGCUGAAGUGAUCAUAAAGCGUCAAUGUGGCAUGAGAUAAAGUACGAACCUUGCUUAAGGUGGAGUGUCAAAACUCUUCCCUGAUUGGUACAUACAUUACGCUUAGUAACGACUCAGAUAUCCAGUCCUGUUGCAGACAGUUCCCUGGAAGUACUCUUCGCAAGCAAAGUGGAAAAUACCAGGAGUCUCACGUAACGAUCAUCACGAUGAACAACACCACAUUUCCGUUCGUCGACAACAUGACGAAUGGCCAGGACCAAGAUAUAGGUCCUCCGCCAAACCUAAAGCAAUCCGUCCCUGUAACCGUCGUGUUCGUCAGCUGUUUCUCUCUCAUAUUCCUUCUAAGUCUAGCCGGCAAUGUCUUAGUCUGUUUGGUGGUUGUCAAAGAUCGUAGUUUGAGAAACGUCACCAACUAUUUUGUUGUCAACCUGGCCAUCAGCGACCUUCUCGUCACCCUGCUGGGCAUGCCGUUGACUCUCGUGAGUGACAUCCUAGUCGGUUGGCGAUUUGGACCAGUAGUUUGUCAGCUGACAACAUUGCAGGGUCUAUCUCUGGCCGCCUCCAUCUUAACACUUGUAGCCAUAGCUGCUGAUAGAUAUAGAGCAGUUCUUUACCCCACCGCACGGAAACUCAAACCAAGCGAGGCUUUUGCGGUCAUUGGCUUCGUUUGGAUGCUCUCUAUCGCCACCAUGGUACCUCACGCUCUGGUCAUGCAGUUGAACCAUUACAUAUGGCGUGAGGAAAUCAUUUCCUUUUGCGUUGAAAGUUGGGGAGAAGGGGGCCGCGAGGCUUACACGGUCACCUUCUUCAGCCUGUACUACAUCCUGCCACUGGUCGUCAUCGCUGUCCUGUACGUACGGAUCAGCCUACGGAUCAGCCAUCAGCCAAACCUCUUCGGCCUCAGCCACAACAAGAACCCGGGCAUCUCUGCGCAGAAGCUGGAGGUCAUCAAGAUGCUGGUGGUUGUCGUGAUCUUGUUCACCGUCUGCUGGAUGCCGUACCACGUGGUCUCGUUUGUCGCUGAUUUUGGAGGUCUGUCUCCCGAGCAGGAGAAAACCCUGCUCGCGUACGCCUAUCCAAUCGUCCGAUGGCUCGGUUACUGCAACAGCUGCAUGAACCCGAUCGUCUACGGCUACUGUAACAAGAACUUCCGCAAGGGGUUCAAGAACGUGUUCAAAGUGUUGCGUCAGGAGAACACCGAUAUCUUAGUCGUGGAACCUGCUACAGAAAUGACCACGCGAAGUGCUCGAAGAGCAAGGAUGUCGGCCCUGGUCAUACCUGUGGACGACGUAGAUGGUUCUCAGUCCCAGGCAAAUAUCAAUAAUCAGCCAGUUACAAGCAGAUGCUAAUUACGUUAGAGGCUUGCUUUUAUCAACGAAAAUUCACAUUCGU